UGUAAAUACAAGCUGCGUUGUGCAGCACUGGCCCGGACUUCACAACACUGUUUUCCAUUGUUUUGGCGUUGCUUGUGCUAGAAUGUCUGGAGAAGAUCGGGAGCAGCUGCGUGGCUUUGUGACCGCCAGCAGGAGGCGCCUAGGAGAUCUCCUCGAGCGUUUAGGUUGGAGUGAGGGGGCCACCAGUAACCACAUGCCAGAGGAGAAGCCAGAAAUCUUGGAGGAACUGCCAUUGCCGGCCUCCUGCUGCACAAAUCCAGCAUUUACACUCCAAUUGGAUGAGGCUACCUUAAAGCAGGUUAUUGGAAAGGAUGCAGGGUGCAUUCAGUCAUUCAAAGACCUGCAGGUGGCACUGAGUCAGCAACAGCGACUCCUCAUCUACGAGCACGUGCAGCAGCACACGGCGAAGCACCCGGAGUUCCAGGACAACGCCGCCUUUGCCCAGCUGGUGGGCGAGACGAAGCGGGAGCAGAAGAAGCGGCGUCGCCAUCGGAUAAGCAAGCCCACGCUCAACGAGGAGCUGCACCAGUUGGUCAAACUGCAGAUGGAGGCGCUGCAGAGGCAGUGGCAGCAGGAGAGGGAGCACAAGAAACAGGAGAAGGAUCAUAGGGAGCACAGGGAGCAGGAGGAGGAGCACAGAAAGCAGGAGAAGGAGCACAGGGAGCACAAGAAGCAGGAGAAGACACACAAGAAGCAGGAGGAGGAGCACAGGGAGCACAGAAAGCAUGAGAAGGAGCACAGGGAUCGCCACAGGCACUCAGCAAGCAGCCGGAAGAGGAGCCGCAGCCCGGAGAAGCAUCGCCAUGGUCACAGGCGGCGGGAAGAGCGCCACAGGAACCACCAUCCAUACAAAUCCGAUCAUUAA